AGAGGCCAACAAAGUGUAAUGAUGACUCCGGAAAAAAAUAUUUUCAAAAAAUAUGCCACGGACUACGAUCCUGUUAAAAUAGCCUCUAUCGACGGCACAGAUACUGAGCCCCACGACCGUGGCGUGGUGAGAGCGCUGUGCUCAGAGUAUGCACCCAAUAAGCUGGUGAAGGGGGAUCCACAGCGGACCCUGUUCAUUGCUAGACUCAACCCAAGAACUACACAGGAUACAAUACAAUCAGAAUUCUCAAAGUUUGGCAGGAUUGUCCAUUGUCGCUUGGUCAAGGAUAUAGUGACAGGCAAAUCCAAACAAUAUGCUUUUGUGGAGUACGAGAGUUAUAGCGACAUGGAGAAAGCUUACAGAGACAUGCAUAAGGAGUACAUUGAUGGUACUGAAAUUAUAGUAGAGCGAGAAGCAGAGAGGAGACUGGAUGGGUGGCGGCCGCGUCGAUUUGGGGGUGGAUUUGGUGGACAGAAAGAAUCAGGACAACUCAGAUUUGGUUGCAGAAAAAGACCUUUUAAGAAACCAUUAAUUAUUACAUAA